CUCGAUCGUCCAGAUGGUCGUCGCUCUGGUCCUCUGGUCCUCUGGCGCUGCAGCCUACCAUCGGCCUACGCCGCUGGCACGGCCGCUGCUCGCUGCUGGUGGCCCUCGUCUCGCGUGCGUGAGCCGACAUCGCGCUCCGCCGCCAAGCUGCUGCCAGCAGCCGCCCGUGGGAGAUGGAGCAGCUGCUGCCAGCACGCCUGCCAUGCUGUCGCUCGCUGCUGUGGUGCCAUUCCUCUCCCUCGUAUCGGUCAAGACGGCCACCGACCUCAUCACCAACCACGUCCGGCGACCGCCAGCGACCGCAAUGGCGCUGGUCUCUGAGAUUGCAAUCUUCCCGCUGAUCGUGGCCUGGCUGGUCGUCGGGAAUGGCGUGCGCCGGCUGCGCGGCGCCUCCGCCGCUGGCGAUCGCGACAUCGGAGCCGUCUUCCGCAGAGCGAUCACCGAACAGCCGCUCCGCCUGAGCGCCAUCGGCUCGGUGUACGCCCUCGACAACAUGCUCUACUUCUUCGCGCAGUCGAACGUGGGCGCCGUCACCUACACCGUCCUCGCCCAGGCAAAGAUCUUCUUCACCGUCGCGGCGCUGCGCAUGCGUGGCAUGCUUGGCCCGCUCCGGCCGCAGCAGAUGCUCGGCCUGAGCUGCCUCUUCGGCGGCGCUGUCCUCGUCGCUCUGAAGGACGUCGCGACCGGCGUCGCAGCCUCGAGCGGCAACCGCGCGCUCGGCAUCGCCGGGCUGCUCUGCGCGCAGGCGAAAGCCCCCUCCUCCCACACACUACAGAGACACUACAGAGACACUUCGCCGCGUCCGGAAGCGCAGGCGAUGACGUCAUUCGCAAACGUCGCGUACGAGCGGCAGCUGCGCGAGCCAGGCUGCGACUUGUGGGUCCGCAACGCGGCUAUCCUCGGGUCGGGAGGAGUGCCUCCCUCGCCCGCCGCCCUGCUCGCCGCCUUCCGCGCGCCGUGGGUGUGGCUCGUGGCGGCGAGCGCGGUCCUGAUCGCGCUGACCAUCUCCGCCGGCGGCAACGUGCUGUACGCCAUCUCGAAGCCGUGGCCGGUCGUCUUCGCGACGCUGACCACGUGCGUCGUCCUCGGCAACGUCCCCUCGCUCGGCUUCUUGGGCGGGAUCGCCCUCUCGGUCAGCGGGAUCGGCCUCUACUACGCGGCGAGAGCUUGA